GGGAGACAACACCUGCGUAGCCUCAAGCAAAUCACGCCACCAGCGCAUCUAAAGAGUCAUCAAAGGAUUGAGAGUAUAUUCUACUUUCAAGGUGGGUGCCUUUUAAAGAUCUUCAAAACAUCCAAUAGAUUUUCCUCAAUGUUUCGUUAUGGUAAAUAGGCUCAACGAAAAAGGUUUAAAUGCGCCAAGAAAGAAGACAGGAGGAGAGUUCAGAAUGGAGAUCAUUUACCCACCCUAAAGGAGCCAAUAAUUUUGUCUCUAGGUUCCCCCCCCCCUCUCACCGCUUUUCUAACUUUCUUUUUUCUGUAAGGACAAGUAAGAUUUGAUUUGAUUGAUUUUUCUGAAUAAAGGUACAAAAACUUUAUUCCUGACUCAAAAAUUUUGCUAUAACCUUUGUGUCUGCUACCUUCGUGACAGGGUGACCUCUUAAGGGGGGACGUAUUCGAAAAUAACUUAUUUGAAAGAACCAGUCGGUUCCAGAAGUUUCUAUCUCCACACAGGUUUAAUACAUCCAGAAAUGCAAUCUUGAAAUUUUCCAAAGGUUCCUCAGUCCUUGAGUCCCGAGUAUCUUUGUAAGAGCAGAAUUACGCAAAGAAUACAAACAAAGAACUAGUUGCUACAGUAAUAUUUAUUUUAAGUAGAGAAUGUUAAAUAAACCACAUCACACAAGGUAUUCUCGAAUGUGUUCCCGAUUGUUAUCGCCAAGAAAGAAGACGGAAGUAGAGUUCAGAGUGGAGAUCGUUUACCCACCCUAAAGAAGCCAAUAAUUUUUUCUGUAGGUUUCCUCCUCUUUUCGAAUUUUCCUUUCUCUCUAAGGACAAGUAAAAUAAUGGUCUCUUUUGAUAUUUAUAAAGAUGACACUUUCACCCAUACCAAAAUCAUCCGUGCACGCCACGUAUUCAGAUGGAAAACUUGCUAUUUACUUGAAGUAAUACAAAUUACCUUCGGAUAAGAGAUAUCUAAUAUCGUAUUAUUAGAAUGAGAUUAAAAAAGCCUGUUUGUUUGGUAGGGCGUUAUAACACUUCGUUCUAAAAGGCAUUCGGAGCAAAAAGUCUGGUUCUCUGCUUGGGGAAUCUUUUUUCGUCUCGAAACAAACUCCGGCAAUAAGUUUUCAAUACGAUCUUUCAAAAUAAAUAUGGUCCAAUUGACAAUGUAACGAUCUUCCUUAAUCAAAUAUUUAGGUCUUAAUUCUUUUAUUUUCUAAAUAUCAUAAUGGAAGGAGGAUAGUUUGUUCUGACAGUCUGAUCUCUGCUUGACCAAUUCAGAAUUUUUCGUCAGUGUUUAUCAUCUCUCCCUCAUUUUUUUGUAAGGACGAGAAAUGGUCUCUUGAUAUUUAAAGAUGACACUUUCACACUUACCAAAACAUUCGUGCACGUCGCGUAUUCAGAUGUAAACUGGUUCUUACUUAGAAUGAAAAAAAUGCCAUUGAACCAGAGAAACCUACUAUCGUAUUAUUUACCACUGAUAAGGGAUAAGGAAUAAAACUUUUAAAAAUCUUGGUUAGUUCGUCUUUCAAAGUUAUAUUCAUGUUUUCAACCCCAGAAGGGUUACAGAGAAGCCAUGAAACUCCUUUCAAAUGUUCCUUUUUUCGUUCUGGCUCAGUACCUGAUGAUGCUGGAGCUGUUCCCUUCGCCUGGUUUGCUAAAAUCGCAGCCAAACUCGGCGUAAAGUUUGCGAAA